GUUUAAGUUUCCACCACUGACAGAACAUCACAGCUAGUCGUUAAUAAGACUUGAUAUGAAAAUAGAGACUUUUCUGCUUCAGUUCUCUUUUCAACAUUCAAGGACGCUGAAUUUCAAACCUUUGGAGAUGACAGACACACUUUUUACCUCUUCCUGAAUGGUUGCCAUCCCAGAAAAACCAAAAUAAAUUUGUGACCAAAAUAAUGACCUUUUAUUGACGCAGAUGCAGUAAUGCAUUUAAUUUUCUCUUUAUUUGAACUCCAAGCAUUGUAAUCUUGAAAGCAUAGGCUCACAAAGGCAAACGCAAGUUUCUUAAGUUAGUACUGAAGAUCAUCAUGGAACCAUCUGCAACAGGCCAAGACUUCAACGCUUCUAACAACCUGUCGGAGAUGCUAAUUUUCCAGUACUACCUCUUCCCACCAGUAUACAGCGUGGUCUUGUUUUUUGGGUUAAUAGGAAAUCUGGGAUCUUUGUACUACUUCAUUUUCAAAAUAAAACAAAAGUCUCCUUCGAACGUGUACAUCAUCAACCUAGCGGUGGCCGACACACUUUUCUUGUGCAUUUUGCCAUUUCGUAUCCACUAUCAUUUGAACUACAGCAACUGGAUAUUUGGCGAAGCCAUGUGCCGUAUCACUGGCACGAUCUUUUUCGCCAACAUCUACAUCAGCAUAACCUUCAUGACCUGCAUCUGCGUAGAUCGCUACAUCGCCACCGUACACCCUCACACCUACUUACAACUUCGCUAUACAAGUCUGACCGUGCAGGUGAGCACCGCUGUGUGGUUGGUGUCUGGAGCGGCAAUGUUGGCCUUCAUGUUAACGUGCCCGUUGUCAGCUGAAGGGAAAAUAUGCUUUGAAAACUUCUCUGCGGAGGAGUGGAGCAAGAACUUGGCACCCUACAGCGCCUGCAGUCUUGUUUUUGGAUCUCUGCUGCCCUCUGUGGUCAUCCUGGUGUGCUACCCCAUCGUGGCACGUCGCAUCGCACGAAUUCAAAAUAACACAGCGCGUGGGGCACGGAGGAUUAUCUAUGCCAUUCUAGCAAUAACAAUUCUCUGUUUCCUACCUUAUCAUAUAGUGCAUUUAGAACACCUCCUGUCACGCACGGGUUGGAUCCCUGAAGGGCCCUGGAAUGAAAACAUUAACAUCGCCCGCAGAGUGACCAUGGCUCUAGUCAGUCUAAAUAGCCUCUUGGACCCAGUGUUGUACUACUUUGCCACGGGCCACUACAAGUGUAGGCUAAGAGGACUGAGGUUCAAAAGGAAAACGGGGGUUUAUUCCAUCACCAAUUAUUUUUGACCUAAAAAGGCUUUCCUUUUAAAUUCUUACAAAAUAUUUUUUGAACGCUGUGUGCUAGAAUGUAAAAUACUGGUGAGGCAGUAAGGGAAAAGCACAUUAUAAAGCUAUCCUACAAGUUGAACUCAAUCAACAGCAUUUGUGACAAUGUUGAUUACUAUGAAAAGUUAUUUCAACUUGUCCCUCGUUUAUAUAUACGUAAAAAAGGUUACAGUAAGGAACUUACAACGGAAGUGAAUGGGGCCAGUCCACAAACAUUAUAAUAAACACUGUUUCAAAAGUAUAGCCAAAAGACAUUAACAUUAUAUGUGUUAACAUGAUUUUAGUGUGAUAAAAUCAGGUACUGUAUUUACCCCUGUUGCUACUUUUACCAGAUUUCAAGGUUUACCGGCAUUACGUCACCAUGGCAACAAAGUUGUAAAAUUGGCUAUAAUUUUAUACAGAUACAAAGAUUACACUAAAAUCAUGUUUACAUGUGUAAUGUUUACGUCUUUUUUUUGGGGGGGGGGUAUUUUCUCCCCUUUUCUCCCCAAUUUGGAAUGCCCAAUUCCCAAUGUGCUCUAGGUCCUCGUGGUGGCGUAGUGAUUCGCCUUAAUCUCAGUUGCCUCUAUGUCUGAGACCGUCAAUCCGUGCAUCUUAUCAUGUGAUUUGUUGAGUGCGUUACCGUGGAGACCUAGUGCGUGUGGAGGUUUCAUGCUACUCUCUGUGGCAUCCACACACAGCUCACCACGCGCCCCACCGAGAGCGAGAACCACAUUAUAGCGACCACGAGGAGGUUAACCCAAUGUGACUCUACCCUCCCUAGCAACCGGGCCAAUUGGUUGCUUAGGAAGCUUGACUGGAGUCACUAUGCACACCAUGGAUUCAAACUUGCGACUCCAGGUGUGGUCAUCAGCAUCUUUACAUGCUGAGCUACCCAGGCCCCCCUGUGGCUAUACUUCUUAAACAGUGUGUAUUUUAAUGAUUAUGGAUUGGCCCAAUUCAUUUCCAUUGUAAGUGCCUUACUGAAAGCACAAUUUUCCCUGUAUUUUUUAAAAUAAACAAGAAGCUGAAUAUAUUUUUUAUUUUUUUUUGUAAUCCACAUUAUGCAACAAAUGCUGUCGAUUGAGCUUAACUUGUACUGAACACAAAAUGUAAGAACAUGUUAAGAAUAUAUGCAAAUAUAUUUUUAUUAUCACAAUACAAAAACUUCUUGCACCAAAAAUACAGUACUUUUUCUUAAAAUGCAAUUUUCUGUGUUUGUU